AAUAAUUAAUCUUAUUGGUAAUUUUAGUUCACAUUCCAUUUCGUUUGCACUUUUCAUCACCUAUUCAAAAGUGUUCACAACUUUUACUGAGAUGGCGACUUUACCUAUUCUAUUUCUAAUAUUGUGUGUUUUUGCUUCGGAGGCAAAAAUAUUCCGUAACUUGCAUGCACCACCCCCAAUAGAUGUUCCCGUCGGCAGAGCUACUGUUCCCGUGUGGGCUAACAUAACCCAAAGGGUUGAUCAUUUCAAUCCUGUGGAUAAAAGAACAUGGAAAAUGAGAUAUUUAUAUAACGACGAGUGCUUUGUGAGUGGUGGUCCAAUAUUCAUAUAUCUUGGGGGUGAAUGGACCAUAACAACGGGAAACCUUAUGACCGGGCCAAUAUACGACAUUGCAUGUGAAAAUGGCGGAUAUAUGUUUUAUACUGAACACAGAUAUUAUGGUGAAAGUCAGCCGACUAGUGAUUGGAGUUCUGAAAAUCUAAAGUACCUUUCGGCCGAUCAAGCUCUAGCUGACAUUGCUUACUUUAUCAAAUACCAAAAAGAAAACAUUCCAGCCUUACAAAAUAGUUCGGUAGUAGCAAUUGGAGGCUCUUAUUCUGCAACUCUUGCGACAUGGGUUCGUAUUAAAUAUCCCCAUUUCGUUGACAUUGCGUAUGCCUCCAGUGCUCCACUUAAUGCUAAAGAAGAUUUCUUUGAAUACUACGAAGUCGUCAAUGACAAUCUGGCUCUUGCAUCAUCAACGUGUCCUACAGUUAUUAGAUCAGCAAUUUCCGAAAUUGAGACCAUGCUCGAAUCCCAAGAAGGUAUUGCCACAAUUUCUGCAUUGUUUGGGUAUGUAGCUGCAUUACUUCAUGUCUUUUGUGUAUUUACUAGUCGACUUUGCAUCUCUAAUGGUCUAAUCUAAAUAUUUGCACUCGACGAUUAUAACUUAAUUAUUUACCAUUCAAAUAAAAUGUUUCUAUAUUCAAAACUUAAUCUUGUGGCGAAUACAAAAAAUAUAAAACGUA